UCCUCUUCCUCUGGUCCUACUGCUUCCGGUCUCCAUCGUCUACCUCUUUCUCCUUCUCUUACUCUUAUGGGGAAAGACUGCGACCACCACCACCACAGUAGCUGCUGCGGGUGCAGCGUGUGCUCCGACCACUCAACGCUCCUCACCAUUGCGUGGGUCGUCGGGGCCUUCGUCCUUGUCGUCCUCCUCAUCGUCUUCAUCACAUGGCUCGUCCUCCGCCCCACCAAGCCCAUCUUCUACCUCAAGGACGCCACCGUCUACCAGUUCAACCUUUCCCUCUCCGACAACAUCCUCUCCACCGUUCUCCAGGCCACUGUCUCCUCUCACAACCCCAACAGCCGCAUCGGCGUUUCCUACGACCGCGCCAGCGUCUACGUCACCUACCAGAACCAGCAGAUCACCCUCCCCACCUCCAUCCCUCCCCUCUACCAGGGCCACCACGACAUCAACGUGUGGUCGCCCUACCUGUACGGCGCCUCCGUGCCGGUGGCGCCGUCCAUCUGCGGAUCCCUGCAGCAGGACGAGGCGGCCGGCUACCUGCUGCUCUACCUGAAGAUCGACGGCAUGGUGCGAUGGAAGGUGGGGACGUGGACCUCCGGCCAUUACCACCUCGAGGUCACCUGCCCGGCCUUCUUCUCCUUCGACAGCACGAGCAACGGCGUGGCGGUCGUCCGGUUCCAGCGCAUGUCUCCGUGCAGCGUCAGCGUCUAACGGCUCCGUUUGUAGUAGGUUUUCUUGUUUGUUUCUUGACGCCGUUCGUCACGGCAUGGUUAACAUUGAGAUUGGAGAAGAAGAUGAUCCAACUGAUGCUUGUUGUUGCUUUCAUCAUGUAAUAGUACAGGUGGAUGUUGUAAAUCUAUACCUGUUUACUACUUAUCGAUCUGCUUUCCACAAUU